GACAUUAACGCAUUUUAUAUCAACAAGGACAAACUACUCUGGAUUCUCAUACGACGCCUCUCAUAUUCAGCAACUCGCCGGCUCUACCCUAACUAGCAUAUACCACGAUGCCUCAAUUCAUCUUCGUCGAGCUCCCGAGCUUCCGCAUCAAGAACGCCAGCGGGCACACAGUACGGCUCAACUACGCGCAGCUCGGCCUCGUAGGCGCGCUAUACCAGUUCGUCCGCAGCGGGCUCCGUUCCAACGACCAAGUCGACCUAUCAGCCUCCCUCCUCUUCGCGGACGGGGAAGCGGACCUGUGGACGGCGAACGCGGGCACCACCGGCGCCGGCGGCAGCCCCAGCCCGCACGCGGAGGAGAACAUGCUGCUCUCGUACUUCCAAGCCUUCGACUCUCCGGGGGCGUACCCGAUCGUCGACGCCAUGCUGCUGCGCCGCGGCGAGCCGUGCGCGUCCUGCGCGGGCUACUUCACGCUCGGCGGCAAGCAGCUGCGGCCCUUAGACGGCACGCCGGCCUUUCGCGCCAAGUUCACGGCGCGCUCGGAUCGCGCGUACACGCCGGUGUUCUACCUCGCGCGCGGGCUCGACGCGGCGCAGCGCGCGACGCUGUGGGCGCAGAUCGCGCGCGUGCGCACCGAUGAGCCGGGCGUCGUGGUCGCGAGCAGCGCCGAUGUGCCGGUCGGCCAGGCGUAUUAUCUGCUGCGCGACUCGCCGUGGUUCGCGAUUAAUGGGCAGGAGGGCAUGACGGAUGCGCAGAUCGCGGAGGCGAUUGCGAGGCAGGGCGUUUUGCCUACGUAUUGGAUUGGGAGGUGAAUUGGGGGGAUGGUACGGACGAGGGGACUAACUAGCCUGGCAUAUAAGAAGGGACUUAGGUAGCAAAAGGGGUUCACGGUAAUACACACACGGCUAUAGGCUAGAUUCAGGGGUUGUAUACAUGUACGAUUUAGAUAGGUAGUCAUCGGUAUAAGAUGGGCUGGUUCCCUAUCCGGAAAAGCACAGGAUGGUUCGACGGCCCAUGGACUGGGACCGUAGGGAGUUUUGAGGGCAUUUGGUUUUCUGGGGGAUUUGUUAUAUGUGCUUUAUUAACUAUGUAUUAGAGAAACACAUGUCGCGGGAUAGACAAAACUUUCGAUUUGAGAUUUUUAUAUGACAAUUCUAAUAUAUCUACUAUCAUGAUGA